AUGACGAUCAGCAGCUCAAACUUCCCCUCUAUUCGCGCCGAGACCCAAGCAGAACAUCCCGAAUACCGUAUAACUCAAGAUACAGUACUCGCUGGGUACAAUAAUAUGCGAGACCCCGUAAAUGUCGCAGCCCUCACGAUUAUCGGCCUUGUGGCUUAUGGAACAACAAUUUUCACUUUUGUAUGUAAGCAGUGAGUUUCUCAUCACUGAUUUUGAAGCAGGAAAUUUUUGAAUUCAGUAAAAUAGAGCAAAGCUUCGAAGAACGUAGUGAACACCUUUCGGAGCAUACAAAAAAGAGCGCCAGAACUUUUAUAUGGGUAAGUUACAGCUUUUAAAACGGCCGCGAAAAAUCACAAGUUUCGGACCAUUUGCGCUCCGUUGAGAAAAAUUGCGAUAAGUCCAAAAUAUAGGGAGUUUGGCAUCAAUUUGUCUUCUUCUUUCAAAAAGAGAGAAAAAAAAUACAAUAUACGCCGUUUUUCGCGCUUGUUGCCAUCAUACCUAGGGACAAAAAGUAUACGGUUUUGUCUUACCCAAAAAAAUUUUUCAAAGCUUAACUAUAUGGUAGAUCUGUAAAACGAGGUCAAAAACGAUAUUUCUUACCAGGAUUUAUCGAUGGAGCAUAUUACUUUGAAAAAAUGAGCCUUUUUCCAAAUUAAGAGAAAAUUUUUUUUUUCUCCGUGUUUUUCAGUCACCCCGAAAAAUUUUUCUGAUCGAUAUUAAACGAAAUUCAGACCCUUACGGCUCAGUCGCUAGUUCCAGCCGUAUGUAAUAUUCCUACGAUCACACUUUUUAUCUACAAACAGUACACGGGAUUCGGUAAUCGAAUAUUUCUUAUUCAUUAUCGAAAUUCCAACGCUUUUCAGGAAGAUCAUUGAUUAUCUGUGAGUACCUGUGGCCAGUGGUUAUGUCGAUUCCAACGACGGUUAGUCCACCGAUGGCUCUUUAUUUCAUUCUACCGUACCGAAAGGCGGUCGCUUCGUUAUUUUGUAAUAAGAAGACCGAAGACAGAUCUUCUCAAAACCCAUCCGUUUGA